AUGAGAACUAUUUUUAACAUAGUACUUACUGAGCCAAUGAAAUUCCCUAUUGAAUCUUCUAGAAGUUUAGUGCUACACAAUGCAUUAGCUCUGAGGGCACAAUUUAAUGGAUACUUGGGUGCGCAAGAUUUAAGAAUUAUGUCAAUGACUGAUCCGGCUAGGAGGCAACAAAUAUACACACUGUCUCAGCCUGGUGGACACCCAAGGAAUUGGAACAAUUUAAUGGAGCAAUGCAUCAGCAUAAUUAAUGACUUCAGUAAGGAACUAGAUGCUGUCAAUGGAGAUGGAAAAUUGAAUGAAGCAGAGGCAUCCAAACUAAAAAAUGGAAAUGCAUCAACAAGUAAUGGAUUCCAAUUCUCUGGAAAUUUGAGGAAUAUGGCACAAUCUCCUAAACUGAAAGAACUUAAGGAUCACAAUAAGAACAAUAAAGAAGACACAUUUGUAAAUGCUGUCAAAGAUGAUUUCAAUUCGUUUGUUCAGAAACUUUGUCAAAAACCUGGUAUUAGUUACUUGUUUGGAGAACUUACUGAUACUAAACUGAAGUUUUUGUUGAUGCAAGCUCAGCCUGUGAUGUGGACUUGUGAAGGUUUAGCCUGUAUUGCUGCUGCUUCAUUGAAUGAAGACAAAUAUGGAGUGGUUCAGAAUGAUUUGCCUAUUGUUAUAUCAACCUUGAUUAACCUGAAACAAAAUCUAGAUAAAUUGACAAAACCGGGCCUGGUGCCUAGGAAGCAUAUUUUGAAUGAUAGUUUUGCCAUUAAAAUGAAGACUGCCCUGGUCUCAUCAGUGAAGAGAAGUAUUUAUAAGAUUGCCAUAACUUUUUCCAAGUACAUUCAUGAAAUACCCUUAGAUCCUGAUAUCCAAGUAGCAUUACAGCCAUUUUUGAUGUGUAAAGAAGCAUGA